AUGGCUACUUACUGCAUGGUUAUAAUCAGGAGAAGACGCGCCGGGUCGCGGGGAGACACCGGGGUCGCGGGCCAUGAUCCGCAGUCCACCUCAGAGGCUCAUUCUGCCUUCCCCUCCACCCUCGCACUCACCCACACCCCGUAUUUCACAACCCCACUUACAUCUCCAUAUCACAAUAUGUCGUUCAACGGAUACUACUACAACCUCCACUCCACGCUGGACGCCUCCUCCAUGGAUUCCCAGUCUCCCGCUGCGUCCGACGACGAGCUCCCCUUCCUCUGGCAGCCUAGCUCCCCGAUGACUGCGUCGACAGACGAGUUUAAGUCGUCUGAGACGUGCUUUGACGACCUCUUGGAGUACGACGACCCUUUUGCGGAUUUCCCCCCUUCUUAUUUAGCGUUCAUCGACGUUCCCAUCCCUCCCCAGUCCACAAGUACGCGGUCCGGGUUCUCAGGCUUCGCCGGCAGCGACGAGGGGAAACGAAUGAAGGUCGUGGAUUUCCUGGGGGUGGGCCACUCGGGACCCUCGUUGGACGACUUGCUCCCAAACUACGAUUUCUCCCCCAAGUCUCCUACGAUUCGUGAAGCGAAGUGCUCUGGCCACCCACCAGGUACUCCUACGCGGCACGGAAAAGAGAACAUUGAGGCGCCUCAGACACCUGAUUCCAUAGCUUCCCACUCCGGCGAAGGGAAACCUGGCAGCCCUGGUCGCAACCUCCGGGUGGAGCGUUCGGGCACGCCCUCUCCUGCGCAUCGAUGCAGCGCGAUGCUGCAAACCUUUGUGGAGAGCUCAUCGCCUUCAGAGUCACGUUCCGCUCCCGACCCAUCAGGCUCUCCGAGGUCUGCUCGCCUGUCCCAGUUGAUAAGCGAGUCCUUGGAGCCACUCUCUGCUGUCCCAGAGUACUCCGCGGAGGCUUCCGAAUCAUAUCAUGCGGCGUCGUCCAGUGCCGCUGCUAUGGAGUUCGCCCCCUCGCCCCCCGGGUUGGUCAUUCCCGACAACUUCACCGACACCAACGUGAUGGCGGCCGUCAUUGACUCGGAGCCUACAUUGCGGAGGAGCAGUCGCAAGCGGACUGCGACGCCAACGUACGCCGACGUCGCCCCUUUGCCCGCGAAAAAGCAGAAGAUUGUCAAAGGCGCUGUGUCUAAGCGUCAGCGGAAGACUUCCAAAGGCACCAAGGUCCAGGCUAUGAACCAUGGCAGAUCCCACAAGGCAGCGUUCGCGGGGCCGUCUCGUCGGGCCUCGACUGCAGUCGCAGCACCAGCGAUUCCAGAUGAACCUGAAGCAGAGAUUGCACUCGGGGAAGUGGAGGACGCCGCCGAGACGCACACUCAGAGGCCCCGUCGAACCUGCGAGGAGGUCAAGGAAGACAUGCUUCUCAAUCUGCGAAAUCACGCGUGCCCAGUCGUCGAUUGCCAACUCGAGUUGAAUCCUUACCAGCACAAGGACAACCGCACGCAUCUCGCCAAACACUUCAGCAGCGCUCAAUUGGAGAGCGAUGCGGGCCUGGCGUGCCCCUUCCCGGGAUGCACAACGACCCCUGUGGGAAAGAAGCUGCUCGGCCAUGUCGAGGCCGAGCACCUCACGCUGCCAUACCUGUGCCCUGUACGGUGUGGCUGGAGGAGUUCUCGCUCGGGCUACCAGGGGCAGCAUAUGCGCAAAUGGCAUAAGGUUCAGGAUUGGAAGCGAUGA